AUGGCUCAAGUAACUUAUGACACCUUUAUCUCUGAGAAACUAUCAAAAUAUGCAGGAUGUAAUUGGUAUGCAAUGAAGGAUCUCUUUGCUAAUGUGGGCAUAGAGCAAGGGAAUCCAUUCAAGUAUCGCGUGGCCAAGUACUUGUAUGCGACAUCAUCAAUCCCGCUCCCUGAUGCAUUUAUAUUGAAGUCUUUGUCGAGGGAAGCAUGGAGCAAGGAAUCGAAUUGGAUGGGAUAUGUCGCGGUGGCCACAGAUGAAAGGAAGGCUGCUUUAGGGAGAAGAGAUAUUGUGAUUGCUUGGAGAGGCACAAUCCAGGCCUUGGAAUGGGUUAAUGACUUGGAAUUUGUUUUGGUCUCUGCUUCAAAAAUACUUGGAGAAAAAAAUGAUCCUAGUGUGCAUCAGGGUUGGUACUCCAUCUACACUUCAGAUGAUCCAAGAUCGCCAUUCAAUAAGGUCAGUGCCAGAGACCAGGUUCUUGGUGAGGUUAAAAGACUUGUGGGAGAGUAUAAGAAUGAAGAAAUUAGCAUUAUUAUAACUGGCCAUAGUUUGGGUGCCACUAUUGCAGCACUAAACACAGUUGACAUAGUUGUUAAUGGAUUAAACAAGCCUAGAGACCAACCAAACAAGGCGUGUCCCGUGACCGCCUUUGUGAUUGCCAGUCCUAGAGUUGUAGAUUUGGGCUUCAAAAAGGUCUUUUCUGAGUCAAAAGAUCUUCGAGUACUACGCAUCCAUAAUGCCCUAGAUAUUGUUCCAAACUAUCCAUUGAUAGGAUACUCAGAUGCGGACGAAGAAUUGGGUAUUGACACUACCAAAUCCGAGUAUUUGAAGAGCCCUGGAAAUUUGGAGAAUUGGCAUAACUUGGAGGCUUACUUGCAUGGAGUUGCAGGAACACAAGGAUCAAAAGGAGGAUUCAAGUUGGAUGUUAAACGCGACAUUACACUUGCCAACAAAGGAAUUGAUGCCUUGAAGGAUGAAUAUUGUAUACCGGUAUCAUGGUGGUGUGAGAAGAACAAGGGUAUGGUUCAAUAG